UUGGAAUCACGUAGCGAUUUACAGUAAGCCUCAAUCUUACCAAUUACCAAAUAUCUCUUAUAUCAUCGUCAUCAUCAUCAUUAUCAUCAUCAUCAUCUUAGCGCGAAGCACAGCCGCCAUCAGUAAUUCAACAUCUUGAAUUCCCUAAAUAGGCGACUGAUUAGUCAAUUCCGACGCCCUACUGCAUGUCAAAGUCCCCGGGUUCAGCGUGUACCUAAACUAAGCACUACCCAGAAAUAGGGUCCAAAUGUUCGCAUUUUGUAGUAAUAGCCGGAACAUGAUGCCGUGAGGGGAAAAUGAUCAAGCAUAUCAAUUGCUGCUCAAGGAAAACUUAUAUAAAUCGAUUCGGAACACCUUGAUGGCACCUGCUGAGUUUUAACCAACAAUUCACACCCAUAAACAUUGCAUUGCUUACUACGAAGUACUACGUCCUUAUUACUCUAUCGGAAGAUUGCAUCUAUUCGUUAUAUCCUACUAACGAAUCUCCCCUGAACGUAUACCAUGGCCCAUGAAGGUGGUUGCCUUUGCGGCAAGAUUCGCAUCUCGAUUGAAGGCGAGCCUAUAGGCAAGAUGCUCUGUCAUUGUCUCGACUGCCACAAGAUCUCGGGCUCAGCCUUCAGCACCAACGUCGUCAUGCCCGUAGCCGGCUUCAAGAUUCUAUCAGGAACCCCAAAGACCUUCACCGUACGUGGAGAUAGUGGGGAUGAGAUAACGUCGUACUUCUGCGGCGACUGCGGCUCGACUCUGUGGCGUAAUGGAAAGGUCUCCAACUUCAACCCGAUUAUCAAAGCGGGUGUCAUAGACGACCCUAAGUUCAUCAACGAAACUGCCAAGCCGAUCGUAGAGCUGUUCCCGCACCGACGGGUUGCUUGGGUUAAGGAGAUUCCUGGCACAACUGAGGCUUAAGAGUUGUCGGUGGGCGCGUUGAAGAUAUAAACCUGAUUUGCAUGUGAGGCGAGGAAUGCACGUGUUAAGCUCAAACAAUUAAUAAACGGCCCAGAUUAAGCAAUUUCUUAUGGAUGCGUGAGAUACUUUUUGGACACGAUGGAACCUCUUUCUGUGGAUGUACCUACUCUAUGUAAUGUGAUGUUAACCGAUGUCUCGGGUGGCCAUCAGGGGGUGGAGAGGGCAGGUACCAAGUGAUGUUUCCAAGCUGUGAGCAUAUUGAAAGCUACAAUACGUUAUAUACAAUCUUCCGUCUUUAAAGUGUUGGUAUAAGGCAUAUUAUUUUUGAUAAGUCUGCGAAACAUACGGAGACGAGAUGCUGGCAAUGGAUAUUUUAAUAGCCAUAUUACCAACCUUCCUACAGAGUAACCUAGUCCCUCAACUAAUAAC